AGGUAUGGACUAAACACACUGUGGCAUAGAAGACUGCAUCAUCCUGCAGCGUUUUGUCGAACAAUUGGCGAGCGGCCGCAGCCGCGUGACAAUGAGAGAGGGGAGGAACAACUCAUCAGGGCGGUGCCGUCAUUCGGGAUGACGACAAGCCCACAAGCAGUGAGAGCGGAGCGAUCUUUGCAGACACUGAAACCAUUUGCGCCGCGCUUGUGACAGCAAUGCUGCGCAAGUCGGGCACUGAGCGCCGGCAGCCGGCGUUAUGGCGGCGAUGCCGCAGCCUCCGGCAGAUCAAGCAGGUCCACGCGCUCAUGGUCCUCCGGGGCUUCCUCUCGGACCCCUCGGCGCUCCGCGAGCUCAUCUUUGCCUCCUCUGUCGGCGUCCGGGGCGGCACCGCGCACGCCCGCCUCGUGUUCGACCGAAUCCCGCACCCCGACCGGUUCAUGUACAACACCCUCAUCCGCGGCGCCGCGCACAGUUACGCGCCCCGGGACGCCGUCUCCAUCUACGCGCGCAUGGCCCGGCACAGCGCCGGCUGCGGCGGUGGCGUGAGGCCGGACAAGCGCACCUUCCCGUUCGUGCUCCGCGCCUGCGCCGCCAUGGGCGCGAGCGAAACCGGGGCGCAGGUCCACGCGCACGUCGUCAAGGCUGGGUGCGAGUCGGACGCUUUCGUCAGGAACGCGCUCAUCGGCAUGCACGCUACCUGCGGGGACCUAGGUGCCGCGGCUGCGCUGUUCGACGGCGAAGCGCGCGAGGACGCCGUGGCGUGGUCGGCGAUGAUCUCCGGCUUCGCGAGGAGAGGGGACAUUGGUGCCGCCCGGGAGCUGUUCGACGAGAGCCCUGUGAAGGACCUCGUGUCUUGGAAUGUGAUGAUCACGGCAUAUGCGAAGCUGGGAGAUAUGGCCCCGGCGAGGGAGCUCUUCGACGGGGCUCCUGAUCGUGAUGUUGUGUCGUGGAACGCCAUGAUCUCUGGGUACGUGAGGUGCGGCUCGCACAAGCAAGCAAUGGAGCUCUUUGAGCAGAUGCAGGCCAUGGGAGAAAAGCCGGAUACUGUCACAAUGCUCAGCUUAUUGUCAGCCUGUGCGGACUCCGGUGAUAUGGACGCUGGCCGCAGACUGCACAGGUUUCUGUCAGGGAGGUUUUCUAGAAUUGGUCCUAGCACUGUUCUUGGAAACGCGCUGAUCGACAUGUAUGCAAAGUGUGGGAGCAUGACGAGUGCACUAGAGGUGUUCUGGUUGAUGCAAGAUAAGAAUGUCUCGACUUGGAACUCGAUCAUAGGAGGAUUAGCAUUGCAUGGACAUGUCACAGAGGCCAUAGAUGUGUUCCAGAAGAUGCUGCAGGGGAAUGUCAAGCCAGAUGAGAUCACCUUUGUUGCUGUCCUUGUUGCGUGCAGCCAUGGCGGAAUGGUUGACAAGGGGCAUGAGUACUUCAACUUGAUGCAACAAAGAUACAUGAUUGAGCCCAAUGUCAAACACUACGGUUGCAUGGUUGACAUGCUGAGUCGUGCUGGGCUGCUCAAAGAAGCGUUUGAAUUCAUAGGCACAAUGAAGAUCGAGCCUAAUCCUGUCAUAUGGAGGACCCUUCUUGGGGCUUGUAGGAUCCAUGGUGAGCUCGAACUGGCUGAGCAUGCGAAUCAGGAACUUCUGAAGGCAAGGAGUGAUGCAAGUGGGGAUUUUGUGCUUCUGUCGAAUAUUUAUGCUUCAGUUGGAGAAUGGCUGGGGUCAGAGAAUAUGAGAAAGUUGAUGGACGACAGUGGUGUCAACAAGGAGGCAGGCUGUGCAGUUGUAGACGGCAGUUCAAAGGAUGUAAUUGACUAAUACAAUCUUGUAGACUGUUCUAAUUGCAUUCUGUAUUUAAAAAGUUUUUCAUCUGUCUAUCAAGCUUCCAGCUACAGGGAAAUAAAUUGAACACCUCGUCCUGCUCUUUUGUCAAUGAAGAGAUAAAUGCCCAGUAUCACUCGUUGUGUCCAAUCGUUUUUGAGACAUUGCUGAAUUCUUUCAGAUUUAUCCAACUAGAAGGGCAUGUAAGUCUGAUUAAUACAUGUGCA